AUUGAUUCGACAUCGAUUCGACAUCGAUUCGACAUCGAUUCGACAGUAUCGAUAGGUAUCGAUAUCAGGAUCUGAAACUAUGGAGAGAUCGGAGAGUUUGGAGGUUUCGGUGACAGUCCACAGCCUUGGAGGGGACAUCCUUUUGGAGACAUGUUCGGUGUCUUCGAUCCAGGAUAUCCAUGAGCUGGCAGAUGCGUCGGCUCAGAAGCUGAAUGCGAAGAAGUGUCACAUGGUCUCCUCUGACGGGAAAAUCAUCUCUGAGUUUUUUGAUCUGAAAAAUCACGAUCGACUCACAGCAGUGGCGCAACAUGUGAGCCCUUUGUUGCAAUUAGUCGGGUUGCAGAACGCACAGGGCGACCUGGUGGACGCAACAUACGCAACUGUACCGAUGGAAUUGCUGGAGCAGAUAGCUUUGGAGGUCGCUUCUGGGCUUGCGCACAUCGCCUGUUGGUUCGGAGGUCCUCAGCAUCUCGCUGGGUCUCCGAGUCUUCCCUGGAGGUUCGGCUCCUUACCGCCUCCUGGUCCUUUCAAUGACGAGAUGCGACUGAGGAUUGGGCCCGGCACUCCCGUGGUACAUCUGGGCGCCAUGGUGGUUUUGUCCAUCACAGAUGGUUUGCCAUGUUUUCCUGCCGUGCAAAAGAUCAGAGCAACCAGAGAGCUAACAGUUGAUGACAUCAUCAAGAUCCGAUCUGCCCAUCAAGAUGAAUGCAACAAGAACAAAAUGAAGUUGCUGGAACAGCAUCCAGGGGCAGAUACAGUGCUGGCUAUCAUGAGCUUGGUGAGGUAUACAGCGGAGGAAGUGUUCUUUGAGCUUAGGCACCGCGCCGUGAAGCUUGGAGAGGACAUCUAGGAAGACGAGGUGGACUCUCAACUCAUCUCGACUCGUCGACUCAAAUUUCAAGUGACUCAAAUGAAACGACAACGAGACUCGAUUCGUCGAGUUUCGUCGAGUUCCGUCGAGUUUCGUCGAUUCCUUGGCAAAACUCGGCGCUCUCAUUUUGUUUCGGGAAGAUUCCGAAUCCUUGGCCUCCAUGGGUCGGGUAGAGGGGUUUCUCAGAAUCUCUGUGACAGCAACUGGGUCGUAAGCGAAAUUCGGAGCAUGCCCUCGGUGACAUGCUGUCCCUGUGAUAGGGAACAGGAAAAUGGACACAUCGGACAGGAUAUAUCAAAGGCAGUCACAAG